CGGGCCUGAAAGGAUACUGGCCUCUGGAGGAAAGUGGGCGGGCAGACGGCAUUGGAAAGCGCCGGAAGUGGUCGUGCAGAGGAGGGGUGGGAGAGAGGCUGGCCAGACAGAUCAUUAGGCUGUUGCUGGUCGCCUCGGUAAGGCGCGCUUUCCCUCCUCUCCGAGAGGCUGGCCCAGUCCUCCUCCUCGACCAGAAUGGACUUUAGGGAAAUUCUCCUGAUAGCUUCCAAAGCGCAGGGUGUCAACAACGUGCCGAAAAGAUACAGUUUGGCAGUGGGACCUCCCAAAAAAGACCCAAAAGUUAAGGGUGUCCAGUCAGCAGCUGUCCAGGCUUUUCUCAGAAGGAAAGAAGAGGAGCUCAGACGAAAAGCCUUAGAAGAGAAGAGGAGAAAAGAAGAACUAGUGAAAAAGCGAAUUGAGCUGAAACAUGACAAGAAGGCAAGAGCUAUGGCCAAGAGGACAAAGGAUAAUUUCCACGGUUACAAUGGGAUUCCUGUUGAGGAAAAGUCAAAGAAGAGGCAGGCAAUGCAAAGUCACGCUCGCCAAGGAGCAGACCAAGAGUACGAGGUGGAAGAAGAGGAUGAAUUCUUAGAAUACAAUCAAGCAGAGUCAGAGCAGGAGUACGAGGAAGAGCAAGAACCUCCCAAAGUUGAAAGCAAACCAAAGGUCCCCCUUAAAAGUGCCCCACCAGUCAUGAACUUCAGUGAUCUACUCAGGCUGGCUGAGAAAAAGCAGUACGAGCCGGUGGAGAUAAAGGUAGUGAAGAAGACAGAAGAGCGGCCCUUGACUGCAGAAGAACUUAGGGAGCGGGAAUUCCUUGAACGAAAGCGGAGGAAAAGGACACCUGAGACAGAUGCAAGACCACCGCCAACCAGAAGAGUACCCUCUCAGAAAGAAAGUGUGGGCACAAAGCUUAGCAGAGGCUCUGGAGACAUGCAUCCUGCUUCCAAGGGUACUGUCCUUCCUCAUCCUGAGAAGAGACCCAGACCCAGCACAGCUGAUGAAAAGCGCUUGCAUUUGUCUUCGUCCAAAUCCGUGCCGGGGGAGAGGACCAAAGUAGCCCCUGGCAGUUGCUCCCAACCCUCGCUUCAUGAGGGCCGUGAUAGACCUGUUUUCAAUGGGGCUGGAAAGCCCCACCCCAGCACCUAUUCACCAAGUGUCCCAAAGACUUCUGCUAAAGGGCCUCAGAAAUCUGCUCCCGAGCACAAAGCCAAAAAAUCUCCUCCCCAUCCUAGCCAUUCCAGGCCUGGGCCCAUGGCCACCCCACACAAUAAGGCCAAGAGUCUGGGUGUCCGGCCACCAGGCAGCAGCUCCAGCCCAGCCCCUGGGCGGCCUAGCACAGGGACUGCCCGGCCCACGGUUAGUCCUGGCCCCAUGCCCAAGCGCCAGAAUGGCAGCUCCAACUCAGGACCCGGGCGAUCAGUCAGUGGGAACAGGAAGCCAGCCAGUGACUUCAGUCCCCCAGGACGGACAGUCAGUGGUACAAGUGGCCUUGGUCGACCUGCAAGCAGCUCAGGUGGCCCUGGGCGACCUGUCAGUGGCUCCGGUGGUUCUGGGCGACCCAUGGGCAGCUCUGGGGGCCCUGGGCGGCCUGUAAGCAGUCCACAUGAACUUCGACGACCAGUGAGUGGCUCAGGCCCCCCUGGGCGAUUGGUCAGUGGCCCUGGCCGGUCGAUCAGUGGCCCAGCUCCAGCUGGACGACCUGUCAGCAGUUCAGGCCCUGGUAGACCAGUGAGCAGCUUGGGACCUGGGCGAACUGUUAAUACCUCAGGUCCCCCUCUGAAGCCCAAAUGCACUGUUGUCUCAGAAACAAUUUCUUCCAAGAAUAUAAUCAGCCGGCCCAGCAAUGGACAGAUGAAUGGAAUGAAGCCAUCCUUAUCUGGCUACAGAUCUGCCCAUGGUCCUCAAAGGCUUCCCUUUCCUAGUGGUUACAAAAGGCAGCGAGAAUAUGAAGAGGAGGAAGAUGAUGAUGAAGAGUAUGACUCUGAAAUGGAAGACUUUAUUGAAGAUGAAGGAGAACCUCAGGAAGAAAUAUCCAAGCACAUUCGAGAAAUCUUUGGCUAUGACCGAAAGAAAUACAAAGAUGAAAGCGAUUAUGCCUUACGUUACAUGGAGAGUAGUUGGAAGGAGCAGCAGAAAGAAGAAGCGAAGAGCUUAAGAUUAGGUAUGCAAGAAGAUUUAGAGGAAAUGAGACGUGAAGAAGAAGAAAUGAGACGUCGAAAGGCCAAGAAGCUGAAGAAGCGUUAGCUGCUGCUUUUAUUUUUGUGAACUUCUGAAGACUGCUGCAAAGAAGUCCUGCCUUCAGACUGAAGAAGCCCCUUAUCAUUUUAGAAUUCUAGUUGGGUACUCAAGGAGAAGGAAUGCAUACUAUCAUCUAUCUUCAGGCUGUCGUUAGAGCAUAAAGUAUUUUCACAUACUUUGCAGGGUGAAAUCGUAAUGCAGAUGACAUAACGCCCAGUGAGUGCUCUUACGAAGCUAACUAUUCACAGGAGCCAGCCUUGAUCCUCAUGAGCUAUGCACUCUCAUGUGGGGCCACUCACAAUUCAGCCAAUCUUGUAUUACUUUGCUACUCUAAAAAGGAAAAGGAAGGAUUGCUCCUUUACUUCCAUAAUUCUGCUGAUGCGUGAGUAUGGGGCUGCCUGGCUCCCAAUCAAAUUUGUCUUUUGAUGAGGAACCUGGCCCUUCCAGGAAUGCUGCCAGCAAUAAAGUGACCAGUCCUAAUCUCUGUGUUUGGAUUGAGAACUUGAAAAUGUAGAGUAGGUGUUAUAAUUAUAUGGAUGUCAUUUCUGUGACUUUGAAGUAAAAAGUAGAAUAAAUUGUAUUCUGCAUUA